UGCGGAAGUGCUGGAAGAUCGCCGUGUCCGUGUUUCUGCGCUCUCUGACAUCUGCAUUCAUUCUCCAGAGCAGAUAUUUCUCUCUGAUUUUCGUCAUUCACUGGAAGCUAUGGCAGCUCUGAAGUACGCCGGUAUGGACGAUACAGAUAGUGAGGAUGAGUUACCACCUGGAUGGGAGGAGAGGUCUACUAAAGAUGGUUGGGUCUACUAUGCAAAUCAUGAUGAGAUGAAGACACAGUGGGAACACCCCAAGACAGGAAAGAAGAAACGUUGUGCUGGAGACUUACCAUAUGGUUGGGAGCAGGAAACUGAUGAAAAAGGACAGAUAAUUUACAUUGAUCACAUUAACAAGCGGAGCACAUAUUUUGAUCCACGUCAUGCAUUUACAGUAGAGGAUGUGGUGGUGAAGCCGAAGCGGUACGAUGGAAACACUGCUGCUCUCGAGAUCCUGCAGGGUCGUGACCUCUCUGACAAGGUUGUCCUCAUUACCGGAGGCAAUGUGGGCAUUGGCUUUGAGACAGCCAGGUCUUUUGCUCUUCAUGGCGCCCAUGUGAUCCUGGCUUGUCGAAACCUGACCCGUGCCAACAAGGCGGUGAGCCUCAUUCAGGAAGAGUGGCACAAAGCGAGAGUUGAAGCAAUGAUGUGCAACCUGGCUUCUCUGCGCAGCGUCAGGGAAUUUGCUGAAUCUUUCAAAGCAAUGAAGCUGCCGCUGCACAUUCUGGUGUGUAACGCAGCAGUGUGCACUCAGCCCUAUAUGCUGACUGAAGACAACCUGGAGUCCACCUUCCAGAUCUGCCAUCUGGGUCACUUCCUGCUAGUGCAAUGUCUACAAGACGUGCUGCGUCGUUCAGCCCCAGCACGUGUCGUGGUGGUUUCCUCUGAGUCACAUAGGUUCACAGACCUCCUAGACUCAUGUGGCAAAGUGGACCUUGUGCUGCUGUCCCCCUCAAAGAAGGACUAUUGGUCCAUGCUGGCUUACAACCGCGCCAAACUCUGCAACAUCCUCUUCAGCAACGAGCUCCACCGGCGGCUUUCGCCUUACGGUGUCACCUCCAACGCAUUGCAUCCUGGGAACAUGAUGUACACCUCCAUACACCGGAGCUGGUGGCUGAUGACCUUUCUCUUCACACUGGCCAGACCUUUCACAAAGUCUAUGCAACAAGGGGCGGCCACCACAGUGUACUGUGCGGUAGCACCGGAGCUGGAAGGGCUGGGUGGCAUGUACUUCAACAACUGCUUCCGCUGCCAGACAUCCGCCCAGGCCCAGGAUCCGAGCAGUGCUACGAGCCUGUGGGAGCUGAGCGAGCGCCUGGUCGCAGAGAGGUCAGUGGGCAUACAGGCCCUCUAAUGGACAGAAGACGAAGAGGAAGAGGAGGGCAACUAGCCAAAGAGGAAUCAGAAAGGAAACAGCUGAUGUUUCGUUAGGUGUGGACUAACUGUAAGAGCUGCCAAACCAUGGAAGCCCAUCUGGAUAUGUCACAUCACUACAGCGUCUAAAACACUAAAUAUACAGCACAGGAGGGGAUUUCAUAUACAAUCUAUUGAAUUAGUUAAAGUUUAAGUGAAGUUAAGCUCUGCUGUAGUAUUUUAAAACCGGGAGUGGGGGGAAAGGUGAAGAUCUGAGCCGAACCUGUCACAGUUUGUUCUUUGUCUGUUUCUCUCUGUAAUCUUUUUAAGCUCUAAAGUCCUUUUUUUCUCAAACGUCUACUUAAAUUAGAUGUAAACAAAAUGCAAAUGACCUGUUUUGAUAACAAUACAAGGUUUAACUAGUAAGCAUACACUCUACGGCAUAUGCAUCUGAUUCCAGCAAUAGUGGGCUAUCAGCAAAUAUAAUGUCUUCCCAAUUAAGUUCAAUAUCCUCUUGUCUAGUUCUAUGUUGGUGUUUAUGUUUCCUAUUCUGAUACAGAGCGCUUGCUAAUCGUUGUGCUAAAUCUUUUUGGGCAAGAAGAAAUAAAUAGUAAUGGGCAUGUGAAACUUAUUGAAUUACAAACCCAGUAGAGGUGUGAUUCUAAUGGCUAUGUACACAAUUUUGCAAUACUUAUAUUUCUUAUCAACGUCCCUAUUUGUUUUCUGUACAGUAUUUACAACAUCCUGAUUUCUGGCCAUGUGCUAAAGGGGGGUGGACAUCAUAUUUUUUUCUGCUAUUUUACUCAACCUAAGUAUUGACAAUCUAUGCUCUGGUAAGUUACAAUUUGGA